AUGAACUACAUUCACCACCCAUACCAGUUCACUGGCCACCCCGGCGUGCCAAUGGAACAGCACCUUACCUAUGACCCGACCAUGGUUCACCCUACCAUGAUGCAUCACCCAAUGGACGGCUACCUCUACGCCCAGCCCCCCUUCGAUAUGGUCGACUACUACCACCAGCCUCUGAUUGAUUACGAAGAAUAUGCCGAGAACCUCUCGCGGCCGAGGUUGACCAAGGAGCAGGUGGAGACAUUGGAGGCUCAGUUCCAGGCACACCCCAAGCCCAGCAGCAACGUCAAGCGCCAAUUAGCCCAGCAAACACACCUCAGUCUUCCUCGAGUCGCAAACUGGUUCCAAAACCGACGAGCCAAAGCGAAGCAGCAAAGAAGACAAGAGGAAUACGAGCGCAUGCAAAAGGCAAAAGCGGAGGCUGAAGAGGCCGUCAAGGUAAAAUCAGAGCCUUCGGACACUUCGUUCGCGGAGGCCAGUGAUGAGCAAAAGCAGGAUGACAGCAAAGUCUCCACCCCUAAAGCGUCAAAGCCCACAUCUAGCAACCAAGACCAAUCCUCUGAAGCUUCUGUCGGGUCGAAGCACCAGCCCACCCGCAGCGAGUCUGCUCGUGCAGCCAGUCUUGCCUCACUGCAAAGAGCCAUGAAUGCUGCAGCUCAAUACCAGGACGCUCAGAACGCUUCAAUGGACGGAUCUGGAUCAGUGUCCCCAACCACAUCGCUGCCGACUGACGCCGACUCGGCUAUCUGGAGCUCAGUGAACUCGACAAACGGGGAUCUGUCCGUUCCCGGAUUAGACAACUCGCAAACACUCUCUGACUACCGCUCAGCUAGCGACGCGGGUGCUUCGUACAACUCAAUGCAGUAUGCCCUGCAGGCAGAUGUGGCCAUUGCGCGACGGGGCUCAUCAGAUGUGCUCGCCGACUCAUUUGAGGGAAUUGGUAUCACCACCUCACCCAGCCUCUCACAGCUCGGCAACCGGACCGACCGGGCUGCGACCUGGAAGGACAACGGCAAGGAGCUUGAUCUUGCUGCCCGCAGGAACCGACCGAGGCCUGCUGCCAUUGGCACUUCUAGGUCCUCUUCAAUGCUCCACACUCAAGCUAUGUCGCCAACGACGCGAGGGCAAAGCUACGGCACUGUGAAGCAAUCUAAAUCUGCCGGAAACCUUAGCUCGCGUUACGCGGGUGUGCGAAAGCCAUCUGCGCAGCGUUCUCCUCUGAACCUGUCGACGUUCUCUGAGGCCGGUGUGCUGAGCUCCGCGAAGACGGAGCUGUCAACCAUGCUCCAGCCCGUCACUACCAACUCACUAGCUCCGCCCACCCCCUUGACUCCAGAGGAUCUGCACCAUCUGCUUCCCAACACCCCUACCACCGAUGGCUACUGCCUGUCCGCACAGCCAGCCAGCCACCUCUUCCCCACAACACAGCCGAUGCAGAUCAACAUCGCGUCGCCGCCGGCCACACCACUAGGCAUGGAGAUGAUGCCUUCAUACCCGUACCACGGCGUCCCGCCUCCCAUGUCCGCCCCAGCACACUACACCACCUUCCCGGACUACGGUUGCGAUGGCAGUCUCCAGGGAAGGAACUGGGAAGCCACAUCCAUGCCAUCCCCGGAGAUCUCUUUCCAGAACCAAUGUCAGCAGAUGGAUCUCUCGUCAAUUUCAUACGAACAGGCUCUCGAGCAAAGCCAUCCGGGUAGCCGAGCUUCAGGCUCUCCAUUUUGCGACGCUGGUAUGCACACCCCGAUCGACGCCAGCAAGGCGACGGAAUUCCACCUCUACGAAUUCCCCGAUCAAGAAGAAGCGCACCGGUUCGUGGCCCAGCAGCUUCCAUCCCAGAAGCCCAAGGCGUACACCUUCGCCGAGCACCGGACCCCCACGAAUUUCGGCUGA